UUCACUUCAAUCAACCACACAACCAAGUCAAACGCUUGCACCGAGCUAGCUAGCAGCUAAGAUGGCGACCAAACAUCUGGCUCUUGCCAUCCUUGUCCUCCUGAGUAUAGGCAUGGCUGCCGGCGCCCAAACACGAAAGCUGGGUUACGGUCCUGGCGGAGGCGGCGGCGGUGGCGGUAGCGGUGGAGGUGGUGGCUACGGUGGAUCAGGGUAUGGGUCUGGGUCUGGGUAUGGUGAGGGAGGUGGCAGUGGAGGUGCUGCUGGUGGGUAUGGACACGGUGGUGGUGGUGGAGGCGGCGGCGGCGAGGGUGGCAGUGCGGGUGGAUCUGGGUACGGGUCUGGGCAAGGCUCUGGUUAUGGGGCUGGAAGUGGUAGUGCUGGUGGCUAUGGUAGUGGUGGAGGUGGCGGAGGCGGUGGUGGCCAAGGUGGUGGUGCGGGCUAUGGUCAUGGUGGCGGCGAGGGCUAUGGCUCGGGCUCAGGCUAUGGAGGUGGCGCUAGCGGUGGUGGAGGUGGGCACGGUGGUGGCGGCGGCGGUGGCCAAGGCGGUGGGUCUGGCAGCGGCUCAGGCUAUGGCUCAGGAUACGGGUCUGGUGGUGGGUACGGACAAGGUGGUGCUUACGCUGGAGGGCAUGGCGGCGGCGGCGGCGGUGGCGGCGGCCAAGGUGGAGGAUUUGGCUCUGGCUCUGGCUCUGGAUACGGCGGUGGCAGCGGCAACUGAUACUACUGAGCUCAUUUUCGGAACCGACUACAUAAGUAUAUAGUUAGAAAAUGUGUUAUCAGUGAUGAGUUUGUCUCACUGCUUUACAGAGAACUUCUUUGACGUAUUGUAUGUAAUGUAAAACUAAAAGCUUGUACCGGCUUGCCGCUUUACAUAAUUGGCAAGGCCUAAGAAAUAAAUAAAACGACCUCUAUUGAAUUA